AUGGGAAAAGAAGUUCAGCUAAGGCCUAAGGUGAACGUCUCUUCUUACAUCCAUUUUUUGCUGAAUUACAGAAACAAGUUCAAGGAGCAGCAGCCAAAUUCCUACCUUGGCUUUAAAGAGUUCUCUAGAAAGUGUUCAGAAAAAUGGAGAUCUAUUUCAAAGCAUGAAAAGGCCAAAUAUGAAGCCCUGGCCAAGCUCGACAAAGCCCGAUACCAGGAAGAGAUGAUGAACUAUGUGGGCAAGAGGAAGAAACGGAGAAAGCGCGACCCCCAGGCACCCAGACGGCCUCCAUCAUCCUUCAUACUCUUCUGCAAAGAUCACUAUGCCCAAUUGAAGAGGGAAAACCCAACCUGGUCAGUGGUGCAGGUGGCAAAGGCCACUGGGAAGAUGUGGUCUGCAACGACAGACGAGGAAAAGCAGCCGUAUGAACAGAAGGCAGCUCUCCUGAGAGCUAAGUACCAGGAGGAACUUGAAGUCUACCGUAAACAACGCAAUGCCAGGAAGAAGAGCGUCCGAAUGGCUAGGAACCAGCGCAGGGGGAAAAUGGAGUCAGGCAGAAGCUGAUGGAUUCAACUUGAAAAAAAUAAAAUGCCAUUCACCUGUCCUGCCUGUCUCUUCUGUCCCUGGUCUCGCGUGUGGCUCUAGAGCGGCCAUUGCUACUGCUUUGGGGAAAUGAGUGGCAUGGUAAGAGAAGAGACUGGGUAUGAGAAACUGGGGACAGGCAGGCUUUGAGAGAGGUGGCAGCAGUGUCUGAAGGAACGUAUGGUCAGAAUCCACAGGGCUUGCUCAGACAGGUAGGGUGGGAGUCUCCAGGUGUGAAAAAGUUAGAAGGCAUGGAGGUAGGAGCAUCCUGAUUCCAAGUGGCUAUCCAGGCUGGAGGACCAUACAAGGGGUCAGGUCCAGGGACACUAGGUCCAGCUCUGGUGAGGGGGGUGGCAGUACAGACUUUCAGGUCCAGAAGACCUGGAGUUCAGGUCAGGCUCCCAAUCCAGGUCCCAGCAGAGAAAUAUGACAAGAUGACCAAGCAGGAACUUGUUCCAUGGAUGGACCAAGCCAGCAGAGGUCAGGAAGCUGGAAUUUAGGGUUCCAAUUGUAUUUCCAGAUACCAGACCUCCAGCAAGAUGUAGAUACCAGUAGCGAGUCGGUAUGGGACUCCAAUGGG